ACGAACAAAGUGAUUCACACUCAUUUGAGUAUUAUCUGCCGUGUUGGUCGGACAUACGACGUUCGGAACUGCUCAUUAUCUUCUUCCAUUCGAAAAUAAUCCUAAUUCAUUUCACUCAAUCCAGGCAUCCAGUUUGCGUUCCUUAUAUGGAAGUCUGACCCUAUAUUGUGUUUGAUGUCAACAGAGGCACGAGAUAACGUUAUCUAAAAAACCAUUGAACAAUAUCGAGUUGACAUUUAAAAUAAAUGAACGUCGGUAUUUAAUCGGUAGUUUUCAAGUGACAACAGAACAAUGGAAGUGGACUUGCUGACUGCGGGGGCCAUCGGUGCAAUUAUUUUGUUGAUAUUUCAUUAUAUGUCUAAAAAGUAUGAAUAUUUCCUAUCAAAACCAAUAUCGUGCGUUAAGCCGACGUUUCUUCUCGGCAGUACUGGUCCGAUAAUGUUUCGCAGAAGAGAUAUAUCGUCUCAUGUCAGAAUGCUUUACAAUGUUUUUCCUGAUUCCAAAAUUGUAGGAUUCUACGAUUUCAUGAAGCCAAUUUUCAUGCUGCGAGAUGCGGACGUUAUCAAGAAGAUCGGCGUCAAAGAUUUUGACUUUUUCAUGGACCACACCCCUACUUUGAUCGGUACUUCAUCCGAUGAUGAUGUUGGAGGCGAAAGUCUUUUCGGUAACUCAUUGUUCGCGCUGCGAGGGCAGAAGUGGCGAGACAUGCGAUCAACGCUAAGUCCGGCGUUCACCGGAAGUAAAAUGCGACACAUGUUUGAACUGGUUGCGGACUGUGCCAAAUCGAUGGUCGAUUUUUACAACUCGGAAGCCAAAUCGGGAAAAUUUUUGGAGUAUGAGAUGAAGGAUACCUUCUCGCGAUUUGGGAAUGAUGUCAUUGCAACAGUGGCCUUUGGAAUUGAGGUGAACUCGUUGAAGGAUCGGGAAAAUGAAUUCUUUUCGAAAGGAAAACAAAUGUUGAAUUUUCAAACGCUUAUGGUACUUGUAAAGUUUUUACUUAUGAGAAGUAUGCCUCGUUUGAUGCAAAAACUAGGAUACGAUUUUUUGGAUUCGAACCUAUCGGAUUACUUUAGGAAAAUGAUCGUUGACAAUAUGAAGCAGAGAGAAAUCCACGGAAUAGUACGCAAUGAUAUGAUUCAUAUGCUGAUGGAAGUUCGCAAAGGUGCAUUGAAGCAUCUCAAGGAGGAGCAAGAUCAUAAAGAUGCGGGCUUUGCCACCGUAGAAGAAUCGAAUGUUGGGAAAACUAGCCAUACUAGGGUUUGGACCGAAAACGAAUUGAUCGCACAGUGUUUUCUAUUUUUCCUAGCCGGUUUCGACACUGUUUCAACAGCCAUGACCUUUUUGACAUACGAACUUACAAUCAAUCCGGAUGUUCAGAAUCGUCUGUAUGAGGAAAUUGUGCAAACUAACAACUCGUUAAACAAUACUCCAUUAAGUUAUGAAAUGCUUCAAAAAAUGGAAUACAUGGACAUGGUCGUUUCGGAAGGCCUUCGCAAGUGGCCACCGGCUGUUGUGUCCGAUCGUUAUUGUACUAAAGAUUACGUAUACGAUGAUGGUGCAGGAACUCGAUUCGUUAUUGAGAAACAUCAAACGAUUUGGAUCCCUACGAUUGCUAUCCAUCACAAUCCGAAGUAUUAUCCGAAUCCAGAGAUAUUUGAUCCGGAACGUUUUAAUGAAGUAAACCGGUCGAAUAUUAAUACUGCUGCUUAUUUACCAUUCGGUGUGGGUCCACGGAAUUGCAUCGGUUCUCGGUUAGCACUGAUGGAAGUUAAAUUGAUUCUAUACUAUCUACUAAAGGACUUCAGCUUGGAACCGACAGAGAAAACACAAGUUCCUUUGAAGAUGUUGAAGAAUUUAUUUGCGCUUCAGGCAGAAAAUGGUGUUUGGGUGGAAUUCAAACCAAGAAGUAGUUGAGUGACCUAACAAUUAGUGUUAAGUGGUUACGUGGAAAUCCUGUGUAAAGUAUCAUUGGUUUGAUAUCGGUCAUAUUAUUUAACAUAAGCAAUUUAUCAUUCGGUUCUUCGUGGAAAAGUUUACAAAAGAAUUCUGAUCGAAUGCAAUUUGGCUUAUCCAUAAUAUGGAAAUAUCUUCCCUGGAUUGGAAAUAAAAAAACCUAUGCUUAUAA